AUGUCUACUGCAGAGUACGUGAAGGAUGAGUCGGGUCAAUGCUUUAUCCCUGCAUCUCAGCGUCCUGACGGAACCUGGAGGAAAGCAAGACGUGUGAAAGAUGGUUAUGUUCCUCAGGAAGAAAUGCCCCUAUAUGAAAGUAAAGGGAAGCAAUGGGCCAAAAAUCGACCAGACUACCCAGUAGGUCUUGCCCCAGCUGAUGUUGCUACUAUGAAAGCUCGUCAGCAAACAGAUGAUGUAGGCAUUCCUGGGUUAACAUUACCGACAAAACAAGGUGGCAUGUCCAAGUCACAAAAAAAGAAAGCAGCAGCAGCAAAAAAGAAAGCUGCAGCAGCAGACUCGGAUAUAACGAAAGAUUUAGAAAAUGUGCACAUUUCAAAUACAGGAGGGAAGCAGCCAUCUGCUUCUGAUCCCACAAAACGAUUACGCAAUCUUAAGAAAAAGUUACGUGAUAUUGAAAAGUUGGAAAAACAGAUUGCUAGUGGUGAACUUAAGAAUCCAGAACCUGAACAACUAGAGAAGGUGAAAAAGAAAGAUGAGGUAAUACAGCAAAUUGAUGACUUAGAGGAUGAACUUGGUGACUCACAUUAGUGAAACAUAAAACCUAGAUUUGCAGACAUGAACAGUAAUUAAUUACCA